AUGGCUCACGAGGUCGCAGCGGCCUUGGUGCUGCUAGUGCUGUCAGUGUCAGUGGCGGCCGCGGCAUUGGGGGACCAGGAGAGUGACCGGAUCCGGGAGCUCCCCGGCCAGCCGGCCAAGGUGAGUUUCUCGCAGUACUCCGGCUACGUCACGGUCAACCAGGCGCACGGCCGCGCGCUCUUCUACUGGCUGGUGGAGGCGGUGCCGGCCGCCGGGCCCAUCGCGCCGCUCGUCCUGUGGCUCAACGGCGGACCGGGGUGCUCGUCGGUCGGGUACGGCGCGUCGGAGGAGGUCGGCCCGUUCCGGAUCAGGCCGGACGGGAAGACGCUGUUUCUGAACCCCAAUUCUUGGAACAAGGCUGCCAAUUUGCUGUUCUUGGAGUCGCCGGCCGGCGUGGGUUUCUCGUACACGAACAAGACGUUGGAUCUGUACGUCGCAGGAGAUGUGAGGACAGCAUUGGACACUUAUGCUUUUCUGGUGAACUGGUUGGAGAGAUUCCCGCAAUACAAGUACAGGGAGUUCUACAUUGCUGGAGAGAGCUAUGCAGGGCACUACGUUCCUCAGUUAGCCCAGCUCAUCUAUGAACAGAACAAGGGCAUUCAGAAUCCAACAAUUAAUCUUAAAGGAUUCUUGGUGGGAAAUGCGGUUACUGAUGACUACCACGACUAUCUUGGUACCUUUGAGUAUUGGUGGACUCAUGGUCUGAUCUCUGACAACACUUAUCACAACCUGAAGACGACAUGUUUGCUUGAGUCCUCGGAGCACCCUUCUCCUGAGUGUGCCAAGAACCUGAACAUAGCCAGUACAGAAGAAGGCAAUAUCGAUCCUUAUAGCCUGUAUACAAAGCCCUGCAAUAAUACAGCCUCUCUCAAACUUGGCCUAGGAGGACGCUAUCCUUGGUUAUCCAGAGCAUAUGAUCCUUGCACAGAAAGAUACUCAAAUAUUUACUACAAUCGGCCAGAAGUGCAGAUAGCGAUGCAUGCUAAUACCACUGGGAUUCAAUACCCAUGGAAAACUUGCAGCGAUAUUGUUGGAUCCUACUGGGCAGAUUCCCCUAAAUCUAUGCUUCCUAUCUACCAAGAGUUAAUUGCAGCUGGUAUCAGGAUAUGGGUUUUCAGUGGGGAUACAGACGCUGUAGUUCCUGUUACUGCAACAAGGUACUCAAUAGAUGCCCUUAAGCUUCCAACUCUGGUCAAUUGGUACCCUUGGUAUGACCACGGAAAGGUUGGAGGUUGGAGUCAAGUUUACAAAGGAUUAACUCUCGUUACUGUAACAGGCGCAGGACAUGAGGUACCACUACACCGGCCUCGAGAAGCACUUAUAUUGUUCAGACACUUCUUGCAGAAUAUACCAAUGCCAACUCAAUAACUAUUGAAGCAGAAUGGUAUAGUAAAGUACGACAAUCAUAUAAAGUGCUAAAGUGUUCUACAUUAUUUUUUAAUUUGAUUUGAUUAUUACAACAUGAUAUUCAACUAUCUCUACUGAAUGUAUGUAUGUUUCUUACUAGCUAAUAGGAAAACCUGACAGUCGUACUGCUGCAGCUAAAGAGCUUUGUAUAUGAUACUGAUACUGAUUCUUUGAGCAGUAAAAUUUACAGGUUUACAACACUCUCA